AUGGCGAAGGGGCGCAAAGUCUUGCUUGACGAAUGCUGGGAACUGAUAUUCAAUCGUCUCCAUCACCAAUCUGACUUGGAAUCAUUUUCAUUGGUUUGCAAAUCGUUUCUUGCUCUCACCAAUCGUCUACGCCUUCAUUUGCCUGUCAUCGGCUCCACUCUGCUCAUCCAUGGUACCAUAUCCAAACUCGUUCACCGAUUUCCGAAUCAUAAUUCUAUUGAUCUCAGUAAUUUCAAAGGUGAACUUGAUCCUGUUCUUGUUGAUCUCGCCAGUUCCAUCUCAUAUACAUCCAAUCUUGAACAACUUGAUAUCUCGGAUCACAAAAGAUUACCCAUUAAGGGGUUGAAGGAAUUGGGGCGGAAAUUAAAGGGUUUGAGGGUUUUAAAAUGUAGCUAUCUCACUUUAUUACGUGACACUGAUUUGUAUGUUAUAGCAGAGUUAUUUCCGUUUUUGGAAGAGCUAGAUAUUAGCUAUCCUGGUACGAAUCAUACUUGCGGUUCUAGAUAUAUUCCUGCAGACGCUAGCUAUUUGACCAUGACUGAUUCUGGGAUUGAGGUUUUGUCGGGGAAUCAUUUGAUUACUGAUAGGUCCCUUCUUGCACUUUCUAUGAAUUGCUUGAAUUUAGAAGGCAUUGAGGUGGAGGAUUGCGCUUUGAUAACUUUAAAAGGGAUCCUUUUGAUGCUGCGUACUUGUGCUGCUUUGAGUUACAUUUCAAUGUCCGGAAUGGCCAUUCUUGGAUCAAGCUCUGAUUUUGAAUGUUUGGCUACUUCUAGUCGAUCUUUACAGACACUCGAGGUUUCCCACUCUUUUAUUACGGAUGAAUUCCUCUUCUUGGUGGCUAAGGCUUCUCUCCUUUAUUUUUUGACUGAUGAGUCUAUGAAUGGUUUAUCCCAAUAUCUACAAUGUCUUGAUACCAUUGGUCUCAGCGAUUGUGUGAAAUUGACCAUUUCUACGUUCUUCACGCUUGCAAGAAAUUGCCCUUCACUAGAAGAGGUUUACAUGGAAAAUACUAGUAUUGGGAUGAAAAAGGGUUGUUUUCCUAAUGUUGUGAAGAACCCGAGAAUCUGUGCUGUUAAUUUGGCCGAUAACUUGUCCCUGGAUGACGAUGCUCUCACAAAAGUUGCUUCAAUGUGCCCCACCAUGGAGAUUCUUGAUGUGUCAUCCUGUACUAGUCUUACGGGGGCUGGUAUUGCUUCUGCUCUUGAGAUGUGCAAUCAGAUAAGGAAGUUGCAAUUUGAUGACUGUCCAUUGACUACACAUAUCGGAAAAGGUGCAGAAUUACCUAAUCUUGAGGCUAUUAGUGCAGCUGGUUCAGCAUUAAAUGAUGAAGGCCUGGCCAUGAUUGGGAGCAGAUGUUCUCGCCUGGUGAAAUUAAACUUGGAGAACUGUAAAGAAGUGACAGCAGAGGGCAUACAGGCAAUGAUGAAAAAUUGUAGAUCAUUGAGAAAGAUAAACUUGAAGAAGUGUCCUCAAGUUAGUAUCAAUUUUCUAAGUAGUUUGGUGGUUUCGUCUGCAUCACUAACGAGAGUUAUUCCGCCGUGUUGCUCUGCUUUUAGUGAUUAG